AUGGAAGACAAGGGAAUUUUCGAAAAGGCCAAGGACAAGAUGGGCGACAUGGCCGACUCCAUCAAGGACACCGCCCAAUCGGCCAAGGAGAAGGUGGUGGGCUCGGCUCACGAGAACAAGGAGAAGGCUAGCGACAUGGCAUCCAACGCCAAGGACAACACACAGGACGCCUUGAACAAAGCUGGUAGGUUAAUGAUUGAAUAAAGAUUUGUACUGAUAGGCAUAGAGAUUAGAAAAAAUUAGUUGUUGGUCAAAAAGUUUAUAGAAACUUCAAGUUUUUAAAAUUUCAAAAAAAUUUUUAAAAAAUUUGCUGUCUUUUCUUAUAAAACAAAGUUUAAGAUACCUUUCUAUAAACUUUUUGACCAUAAACACUUGUUUUCAAAAGGUUUUCAUCAUAUCACAGUGCUUAAAAAAGAAUUGGACACUUUUCUUAAUAAAAUCAUAAGAAAACAGCCCAAUUCUUUUUGACGCGGCCUAGUUUUUGCCAUUUUACAGUAACAUAUGACUACCUUUUUAAACGUAUUGUUGAAACAUCGUAAAGAAAACAAUUUGUUGAUCUUGUAAGGCUAUCUUGACACGUUUUUUAAAAGUAUUAGUCUAUAAACUAUAAAAAGUAUAACAAUCUAGGGCAUAAAUCGUAUUUUAAAAUAUAAAAAAUCUAAUUUCCCACCACUUUAGGCGACAAACUGAAAGGAAGAUAA